AUGGAUUCUCAAAAUCCGACUUCGCGCACCUUUGCGACUGCACCGACUUCGAUGGAUCAGUAUGAUAAUCCGUAUUUCCUGCACAGUAAUGAUCACGCUGGGUUGAUUCUUGUCUCCGAUCGCCUCACGACUGCUUCCGAUUUUCAUUCUUGGCGUCGCUCCGUACGCAUGGCUUUGAAAUUCCGUAAUAAGCUCGGAUUCAUCGACGGUACUAUCUCUCGACCUCCUCCUACUGAUAGGAAUUAUGGUGCUUGGUCUAGAUGUAACGAUAUAGUAGCUACCUGGUUGAUGAAUUCCGUUUCGAAGAAGAUUGGGCAGAGUCUCUUGUUUAUAUCUACUGCUGAGGGGAUUUGGAACAAUUUGCUAUCACGAUUCAAGCAAGAUGAUGCUCCGCGUGUGUAUGAGAUUGAACAGCGUCUAAGCAAGAUUGAGCAAGGUUCUUUAGAUGUUUCUGCUUACUAUACGGAAUUGAUCACAUUGUGGGAAGAACAUAGGAAUUAUGUUGAUCUUCCGGUUUGUACUUGUGGUAAAUGCGAAUGUGAUGCUGCUGCUCUUUGGGAAAAGCUCCAACAACGAAGUCGUGUGACGAAGUUUCUUAUGGGAUUGAAUGAGUCAUUUGAGCACACUCGUCGUCAUAUUCUCAUGUUGAAGCCUAUUCCCACUAUUGAGGAAGCUUUUAACAUUGUCACCCAAGACGAGCGUCAGAGAAUGAUUCGUCCUGUUACUAAGCUUGAUGCUAUUGCCUUUAAUACGGCUGGUUCAGUUCCUACUGAUGGAAGUAUGACUCAGGGUUAUACAGGAGAUAAUGGGGCUUAUGUUGCUGCCUAUAGUGCUCGUCCUUAUCAAAAGCCAGUAUGUACUCACUGCGGCAAAGUUGGUCACACUGUUCAGAAGUGCUUCAAGAUUCAUGGCUUUCCUCCUGGCUAUAAGGUUAAUGCCACUGCUCCGGCUUCUGCUUCUAAGCAACCUCUUCAGCCGCGAAUGCAUCAACCUCAAAUACAGCCACGGAUGCCUGCUCCUUCUUAUGCGGCCAACAUUCAAAAUGCCAAUGCGAUUGCCAAUGUGUACUCUAAUGCUGGUGGAAUGUACACUCAGUCUCCUGUUCCCUAUCCUUCUCCCUUGCCUGGUGGUGGUACUAAUGUGGAUCUGCCGACUUACUCUCCACAGCAACUCCAGGAGUUAAUCUCUCAAUUUCAAAGUCAUGUCUCAGUUCCAGAGUCUGUUGCUCCUCCUACUCAAACUGCCACAGUCACUGAUCAUGGAGUCAUGGCCCAAAUUUCAACUUCUGGUACUAUUUCUUUUCCUUCCACCAGUCUUACAUGUCAGAAUGAUAAACUUCUUUUUAAAGACCAUUGCCUUUCCUCUCUAGAAACUCUCCUUCCGCAUAAUGCUUGGAUCAUAGAUAGUGGAGCCUCUAGUCACGUUUGCUCGGAUCUAGCCUUGUUUAGCGAACUUACACCAGUUUCUCAUUUUACUGUUACUUUACCGAAUGGUGCUAGGGUCCCUAUCACGCAUACAUGCAUUGUGCAUAUUUCAUCAUCUUUGAUUCUGUAUAAUGUUUUGCAUGUUCCUGAUUUUCAUUUCAAUCUCAUUAGUGUGAGUUGUUUGGUGCGAACUUUGUACUGCUCUGCUCAUUUCUAUUCAACUUGCUGUUUAAUUCAGGAACUUUCUCAGGGCUUGAUGAUUGGGAGGGCUAAACUCUUACACAAUCUUUACAUCCUGGACAACACAGAGGAUGCUACCCCUUCUGCUUCAUCAUCGCCUUCUUUGUUCUGUGGUUCUGUUUUGGCUGAUGUCAGUGUUUGGCAUUCUCGUUUAGGCCAUCCCUCUUUUUCAACUUUACAAAAGCUUAAAAGCAUUUUACCUUCUUUUAAAGAUCAUUCUUCUGAUUUGUUUCAUUGUUCCGUUUGUCCUUUGGCGAAACAGAGGCGUUUAGCUUACAUUUCUCAUAAUAAUUUGGCUUCUCAGCCUUUCGAUUUGAUUCACUUGGAUAUCUGGGGUCCUUUUAGUGUUGAAUCUGUAGAAGGUUAUCGCUAUUUCUUAACCAUUGUUGAUGAUUGUACAAGAGUUACAUGGCUUUACAUGUUGAGAAAUAAAAGUGAUGUUUGUACUGUUUUUCCUGCUUUUUUGUCUCUUAUUUCUACUCAAUAUAAUGCUCGUCUCAAGGCCAUUCGUUCUGAUAACGCUCCUGAAUUGGCUUUCACAUCCUUGCUUCAGGAAAGAGGUAUUGUUCAUCAGCUCUCUUGUGCAUAUACACCUCAACAGAAUUCUGUGGUUGAACGUAAACAUCAGCAUUUGUUAAAUGUCGCUCGUGCUUUGCUUUUUCAAUCGAAUGUUCCCUUAUCGUACUGGAGUGAUUGCGUUCAUACUGCGGUUUUCUUGGUUAAUCGAAUGCCUUCUCCUCUUUUGAAUAAUAAAUCCCCUUUUGAACUGCUUUUAAAGAAAAUUCCUGAUUACAGCUUACUUAAAUCUUUUGGCUGCCUUUGUUAUGCCUCUACGCUUUUGAAAGAUCGUAACAAGUUUUCUCCGAGAGCAAAACCCUGUGUUUUCUUAGGCUAUCCUUCUGGUUUUAAAGGUUACAAGGUUUUGGAUUUAGAAUCCCGUUCUGUUUCUAUUUCCCGGAAUGUGGUUUUCACUGAAAAUGUUUUUCCUUUUAAGACCAGUGAAUUUGUUUCCAAGGCUGUUGAUAUGUUUCCAAAUACGAUUUUGCCUAUGCCGGCUCCUUUACAUUUUGUUGAGACUAUGCCUUUGAAUUGCACUGAACCUGAUUCUGAGAUUGACUGUGAUGUUCGUUCUUCUUCGCAUACUGCACCUGAUUCAUCUGCAUCAUCUUUGCAUCAUGCAUCUUCAUCGCAUCCUAGCACCAUUCAGUCUAGUAAUCCAGUAUCUCAAGAAUAUGAUGUAGGUCCGGUUAACAUUGUUAGACCUAAGCGAACUCCUAAGGCUCCUAGUUAUCUUUCUGAGUAUCAUUGCAACUCUUUACCUCUUACUUCUUAUGACCCCUUACCUUCUCACACUACACCUUAUCCCAUUUCUGAUUUCGUUUCUUAUGAUCAACUUUCUCCCCUUUUUCAAUCCUACAUUUUUGCCUAUAACCUUGAAACCGAACCCAAAACCUUUAAACAGGCUAUGGCUUCUGUGAAGUGGACUAAGGCAGUUAAUGUAGAACUUCAUGCUCUGGAAUUGUUACGUACUUGGGAUAUUGAGUCACUACCUCCUGGUAAGAAUGUGGUUGGUAACAAGUGGGUUUUCACCAUUAAGUACUUAUCCGAUGGUACUGUGGAGCGCCAUAAAGCGCGUCUUGUUGCUCAGGGUUUUACUCAAGAGGAGGGAGUUGAUUACUUUGACACUUUCUCACCUGUGGCUAAGCUAACCAGUGUCAAGUUUUUGCUUGGUAUUGCUUCAGCUAGUGGCUGGUCUCUCACCCAGAUGGAUGUUUCCAACGCUUUUUUACAUGGCGAUCUUGACGAGGAGAUAUACAUGAGCUUACCACAAGGCUAUACUCCACCUGAGGGAACUGUUUUGCCGCCUAAUCCUGUGUGUCGUCUUCGGAAGUCACUCUACGGUUUGAAACAGGCCUCACGUCAAUGGUACAAGCGCAUUUCCUCUGUGUUGAUGGGCGCUAACUAUGUUCAGUCUCCGGCUGACAAUACUCUCUUUGUGCGUGUUACUCUGGUGUCUUUUGUUGUUGUGCUGGUUUACGUUGAUGAUCUCUUGAUUGCCGGCAACAAUGAUGACGCCGUUGACUGGUUAAAAGGACUUCUCAGGUCAGAAUUUCUUAUCAAAGACCUUGGUCCUGCUCGUUUCUUUCUUGGAUUGGAGAUUGCACGUUCAUCUGCUGGCAUUGCUGUUUGUCAAUGCAAGUAUGCACUGAACUUGUUGGAGGAUGCUGGUUUAUUGGGUUGUAAACCGAGCUCUGUUCCUAUGGAUCCCUCUCUCUAUCUGACGAUCACAAGACCUGAUAUCACCUUUGCCGUACAUCAGUUGAGCCAGUUUCUCUCUGCUCCGACUAAUACGCAUCUCCAAGCUGCUCAUAAGGUGCUUCGUUAUCUCAAGAAUAAUCCAGGCCAGGGCUUGAUGUUCAAAGCUGAAACAGAGCUCUGUUUGAUUGGAUUUGCUGAUGCUGACUGGGGAACUUGCAAGGAGACGAGACGCUCUGUUACUGGGUUCUGCGUUUACCUUGGUACGUCUUUGAUCUCUUGGAAGUCUAAGAAGCAAUCUGUUGUGAGUCGCAAUAGCACUGAAGCUGAAUAUCGGAGUCUUGCUCAAGCUACCUGUGAGAUGAUUUGGCUUCAACAACUCUUGCGGGACUUGCAUAUCACUGUUACUUCUCCGGCGAAGCUCUUUUGUGAUAACAAGUCUGCAAUCUAUCUUGCUUCCAACCCCGUGUUUCAUGAGCGCACGAAGCAUAUCGAGAUUGAUUGCCAUACGGUACGAGAUCAGGUCAAAGCUGUACGACUCAAGUUGUUUCAUGUUCCUUCGGAAAACCAGCUUGCUGACAUUUUGACGAAGCCUCUCUACCCCGGUCCUUUCUAUUCCUUACUCCGGCGGAUGUCAUUAUCAAGUCUCUAUCUUCUUCCUUCUGCUUCUGAGCUUUCUACCAAUGUCAAGGACUCUGAAGAUACGAAGAUAUCGACUUGA